AUGGGGAAGGGGGUGCCCCAGGCCGGCCAGCAGACUUCGAAACGACAACCGGACGCCGGCGGGGUCGGAUGGGUUUCGGCACAGGGCGCGCCUGACGCACAGACGCGCCCCACAGGCGCCCAGGGGGCUCCCGCCCCCAGGACCCCGCCACCCCAACCCCAAACCACCGCCACCGACCCGCCACCGCCAACCACCCAGCCCGGCGCGGCACGGAGGGGGGGGGGGGCGCGACGCCGCCAAAGCCCUCCCCCCCACACGGCGCCGCCCCCGCACGGGUGGCCGGGAGCCACCGUGACGAGAACCAACGCCGGCGGGCGGGAGGAGGCGCGCGGCCCUCCCCCCCGGCCGGUCGGACGGGGCGAGAGGGAAGAGGCGGGCGAGGUGAACGGAGGAGGAGGAGGAGGAGGGAUAGGCCAGGGCGAGGGAGCGGAGCCAGGAGGAGAAGCGGCGGGGCGGGGCCGGCCGAGGCCGACCACACCCAGCCCCGACUCCCCACGGGCCCACCACCCCGACCCCGAGGUGGAUGGGCACAGGCCCCCGGGGGUCUUUAAACCUCCGCGCCGGAACGCGCUAGAGGGCGGGGACCAGGGGUUCGAGACGGGCACGCCGGAGCCAACCCACGGAGGCACGCACGGCACGCCGCCGGCACCGCCAACACCUCAGCAAGCCAGGCCCGCGAGCCACGGGCCCCACAGGCACGGCAACAACCGCCGCCCGCUCCCUCCGACGCGCGACACGCGCCGCCCGCCCUUCCGCUCCCCGGCAGGCACAGGCAACGAGACAACACACGGCGGGAGGGGGAAAAGAGAGAAGCUGCUGCACUGCACCCCCGACCGAGGGCGGGGAGGGGAAAAGGGGGAGCGAGGGACGCACGACGGCAGCGGCGACGCGCUUGCCGGCGGUGCCCCAGACCCCGACGACCCCGGGGAGGCACGGCGGGGGAACCUCCCCCCCAACGCGGCAACCACCCCCCCCGAGGAGGGAGGGGAGACCGUGGGGAGGAGGGGCCAGGCCCCCCGACGCCACCCCGAGGCGGGGACGGGGCAGCCGCCGACGCGGCCACCGCCACCGCCGCCACGCGGCUUCACUGCCCCCGAUGUCCCCGGCAAGAUCCCCGGACCCGCCGGCACCGAGACACACAACACACACAGCUCCUCCUGCCUUCCCCCCGGGCGCGGGCACAGCGACUACCAUCGAAAGUUGAUAGGGCAGACGUUCGAAUGGGUCGUCGCCGCCACGGAGGGCCGGAGCAGGGCCGGGGCGUCCCGCCGACCUCGGGAGCGCGACCGACGGUGGCGUCCUGACCGACCGACCGACCGACAGCCUGCCGGCGGGUGCCGGCCUUCCGCCCCGCGAGAGGCGGCGGCGGCCAGCAAGCAGGAGCUCGCAGAAACUCGACCAGCCCCGCGGGCGGGCAGACACCGGCGAGCGGAGGCGACAACGGCGGCGGGGGAUGACGGGGAGGAGAGGCGCAGGAGGGGCGACCGGAGGGGGGGCGGCGAGAGGCCCCCCCCACCGGCCUGA